ACACCUUUCAUUCACAACUUCCAUAUCUUGCACUUCUCUCCUAUCACAUCAAAUGUCUGCUCCUCCUCCUCAUUCUGCUUCAAUGGCAGAUGCGGAUGGUGCUCUGAGGCGGAGUACAGUAGAACCUCAAGAUACACAAUUGCUAGCACAACGCAGUCCACCAGGUUCUGUUCGAUCACAGAUUUUACUACAGAGAACAGUUUUACACAUUGACGAUGAUGAAGGUGAUGAGGAGGGUUCAACCACAGUUCGUGGUUUGAACAAUGGUACUACGACUGAUGUACAAAUGAUUGAUGGCAGAGAUGGGAAUGAAGAUGAUGACGAUGACGAUUAUGAUGAUGAAGAACCUUUAACGACAAUCAAUGUUGGACAUACAGCUUGGGAUGAGAGUGAUGAUGAAGAAGAUCAGCAAACAGCACGAAGGACUGGAAGAAAUAGCAAUGGAAGACCACGACUACCGCGUCUAAGAAGCAACGCCGAUGAUCGAUCUUACCUCAACUCUCUGCGACCGACUUCCUCUAUUCUACGAUCAUGGCUGGUAAAGAUCACUAAAAGUCCAUCAGCACAAGCAAGUCUUUCGGCUCCACAUGUGACUGCGAAUCUAUUCAGUGCAAGUCUAAAUCCUGCAGUCUUGCUGAGUAUGCCGGCAUUCUUUGAUCGGACAGGAAUCACUUUGGGUAUUGUCGGUUUAGUGGUUGUGGCAGCUUUAGCGGGAGCAGGUGGUGGUCUUUGGGUCGUCCUUGGUCGGUAUGUUGGAGGUGCAAAUAUCGAAGCAAUCACUGCGGCCAGCUUUGGAAGGAACACCAGAUGGAAAGGCAAUAUCGGUAGAGCAAUCUCUGGUUUGCUUCUGGCAUGCUAUGCUACGGGUACAGCAGUUGUGGCUUAUUUCGCUCUUGCGGACCUACUACUCCAAGUACUCUUCCACUACUCGCCUCGAGGUAUACCGCUUCACAACCGACUGUUUGUCACAAUCGUAAUAGGAGGGCUCAUCACUACACCUCUCGUCAUUUAUCCGUUGGCAAAGAGAAAUCUUAUCCGUCUCUCAACAACGCUGGCUGUGCUCUUUUAUCCUUGCAUCCUUGCUAUCCUAUUGGCAUACGUAUACCAACAGCCGCCUACAAGCGAACCGCAUUUCCCAAUAAAGUCACCAGAGAUGAAUCCGCUUCAUUCUCCUUCAGUUUGGGCGCCUUUUUCACUCUUGCCGCUAUUGAGUCUCAGUGCUUCUCCGUUACAGAUCAUUGCACAUAAUCGAAGUUUACGAAGGACGGGAAUGUCGGGCAGCAAUGUGAAAGCAUUCUUAGGUGCACAAGCAGCACAAACAGUAGCUGCAAUUGCACUGGCAAUUGGAUUCGGAAUAGGUGUCGGAACGCAAGGGAUGGGAAAACGAUUGGGUGUUGAAGUUCAUCCGAAUUUGUUCACGACUCUGCCGUUGACUGAUAACCUCAACUUGGCCCGAAUCCUGUUUAUGGCAAUUCUGAUUUCACAUUUGGCACUCUGUCUAGUCACUGUUCGUUCGGCUUGGUCAAGAUUAUUGUUCUUGUUCAAUUUGAACCCUUUCAGAACCUCCAAACGGCCUGGUGAUCAGGAUACAGAUGAGAACGAUGCCGAUCGUACGAUUUCUGCUAGUACGUCCAGUGGUCUAGGAACAGUGGGAACCACGCCAAAUGCGUCACAGCGAAGGAAGAAGUCCUUGUUGGGCAAAAAGUGGACCAAGCCUGCAAAAGAUGCUUUAGCAGGUGUUUUGCUAUGGGCAAUGACGGCAGUGACAGCAUAUUGGAGUGGUGUUGGAGGAAUACAUUUACGCAAAGGUCAAAAGAACGAUCCGGAUGAUGCAGCUGUUCAAGCAAAUUUCACUCGAGCACAAGAAGUUUUAGGAUUGAUGGGAGCGGGUGUUGGAUUUGUGUUACCGGCGUUUGUUUGGAUUAUUUUGUUUCACAUUCGUCAACCAAGAGCGAUCUUGCCACCUUUUGCCGCAGAUAUGGCACGUCAAGCAUCUGCUUGGUUUUUGGGACCGCAAAGUGUGCUUGCAGUCAACAAAUGGCGCAGAGGAAGUAGAGCACCACAGAACGGAUCUCUCGAUUCUGCUGAACGUCAACCGCUGUUGGAUGAUCAAGAUGGGGACGAUGCCGAUGAAGGACCUUCCCCGAGUGCGUUCCGACAUAGUCUAGCUCAAGCUUCAGAGCAUGAUGAAAUACCAUCAUCGCGAAACGAAGAAGAUAUGAAUGGCAGAGCAAACGGAAGACGAAACGGUAAUACAUCCAUUCAUCAUAGUACACAAGAAACAGAUGAAGCAACGCGGAUAUUGCUCGCGAGAAAAGAACGUGAAUUGCAACGAAGAACAAGAGGAAGGAGAAUCUAUCAAGAUAUCAUUGUCUUGGCUGGUAUUUUACCUUUAGGUGUUUCACUUAUCGUUUUGGGUGCUUUAGAUUUACGACACGGAGGAUGGUGAUGAAUAAAUGCUAUUCAUUAUUGUACAUAGUAUACAAAAAACCUCAGUUGUGAGGUGAAAUUAUAGGGUAUCUAUAAUACAUGAUUGUUGUGCAACAAUAAACCUCUGAGUUGAGGUAAAUUAUAGGGUAUAUCUAU